GCCAAGCUGGCUUAUGCCUCCCACUAGCGAGCUUGCAAUCGCAAACUCGCGCUCUACACUAGCAGAAGAAAUUCGAUGCGUGACCGAUGCCACCGACGCGGCAACAUAUGCCAGCAUCCUCCGCAAGUGCUGCGUCGAGAAAUCUCUCGAGCAAGCCCGGCUAGCGCACUCCAAGCUGCGCAAGAGCGAGCACCGGGACAGUCGAUUCAUUCAGAACUUGCUGGUGGAGAUGUAUGGCAAGUGUGGCAGCAGCCAAGAUGCGUCCUUGGUGUUCGAGAGCAUGCGAGAAAGAAAUGUGGUGUCUUGGAAUGUCAUGGUUUCUGCCAUGGCCAAGAACAAGCAGCACGCCCAAGCCAUCGAAGUCUUCCGGAGAAUGCUGCUCGAUGGAACCAGGCCACACAAAGUAACGUAUCUCAGUGCUCUCGAUGCUUGCUCGGGUUUGAGCGUUGAUAUCGGACGACAAAUCCACAGGCUUAUCAAUGAGAGUGGCUGUGAUCAAGACUUGGCUGUGGCAAACAGCGUGAUCAACAUGUAUGGGAGGUGUGGCGGGAUGGACGAAGCAAAGAUGGUGUUUUCGAGCAUGGAGGUACGAGAUGUUGUCUCCUGGAACUCCUUCCUCUCAGCAUAUGCCCGUAAUGGGUAUUCCACUCGAGUUUUGGGAUUGUUUGAGGAGAUGGAUGUGAAGCCGGACAAGGUGACUUAUCUUGCGGUUCUGGACGCAUGCGCCACAAUGGCUGCUUUGCAACGAGGAAAAGAGAUCCACCAUCGCAUAGCUGUGGAGGACGAGCAGCUUCUCUCGGACACUAUGCUUGGGAACUCGCUGCUCAACAUGUAUGGCAAAUGCCACAGCGUGGACGACGCAGCUAAAGUUUUUGAGUCGAUGGAUGGUCGCAGGAGCGUUGUCACUUGGACAGGGAUGAUAUCGGUCUACGCUCAAAACAGCCAUGGCUGGGACGCUUUGAGAUUGUUUCGAGAGAUGGACCAGGAAGGGGUGAAGGCAAACGUGGUUACAUUUGUGACGAUCUUGGAUGCUUGUGCCGAUGUUGUUGCGCUAGAAAAGGGCCGAGAAUUGCACGCUCGGAUCGUCCAAGCUGGGCUCUCGAGCAACGUGAUCCUGGGGAACAGUGUGAUGAACAUGUAUACGAAGUGUGGGAGCUUGGAGGAUGCUAGAAGUUUGUUUGAGAUCCUUCUUCACGACAAUGUGGUGGCCUGGAACACACUGAUGACGAUGUUUGUCAAGCAUGAGAAAUUCAGUGAUGUUCUACACUUGCUUUGCAAGAUGGACAACGAAGGCUUAAGGCCGGACGAGAUCACUUAUCUCAACGUUGUAAGCUCGCUGGAAACUCCAAACACUCCACUCUUUGAUCGCGUCUUUGCGAGGAUUGUCUCCGAUGGUUUAGAAUCCAAUCUCUUCGUAGGUCAUGCUCUUGUGAGCUUGUAUUGUCGCAGUGGAAACUUGGAGCAAGCCAGGAAGAUAUUCGAUCUAGUGGAGAGACGAGGAGUGGUGGCAUGGACGGCCAUGCUGUGUGGAUAUGCCGAGAGAGGACUCGGGAGAGAAGCUCUCCACCUUUUGAGAGAGAUGGAUCUGGAGGGUAUAAAGCCUGACUCGGUGACUUUCAUUGGAGCGGUGGAUGCUUGCGCUAGCCUUCCGUGCCUUACACGAGGAAGAAAUAUCCACCAAAGAAUCGAGAGAGUCUAUGGGUCUCAACUCGACACAAACCUUGGAAACGCGCUUGUAAACAUGUAUGGAAAGUGUGGCAACUUGGUUCUAGCAAGAGAAACGUUCCAGUCGAUGAGAAAAGAUCUCGUCUCUUGGAAUGCCAUGAUCGCAGCGUAUGCCCAUAACGGGCAUGGCAGUGAAACCGUGGAGCUCUUGCUAGAGUUGAGCUUGGAAGGGAUAGAACCCGACCACAUAACUUUGCUGGGAGUGAUUUUUGGUUGUGGCAAUGCUGGGCUCUUGGAAGAUGGGCUCGAGUACCUGACGAGGAUGUGUGAUGACUAUGGAUUGAUCCCACAAAUGAAUCACUAUGGCUGCAUGGUUGAUCUCCUUGGAAAGGCUGGGUGGCUUGAGCAAGCAAAAACUUUGAUUGACCAUAUGCCAGUGCAAGCCGAUGCAAUAGCCUGGCAAGCUCUAUUGGGUGCUUGCAACACGCAUGGAGAGGUAAAACUUGGAUCUAGAGUAGCCACGCAGGUGGUGGAAAUGGUGCCAAGAGGUACUAGUACAUAUGUUCUCCUCUCAAACAUCUAUUCCAGUGUAAGAAAAUAAUAGCACUCAAUGUUCGAAAUCUUGUCUUGCUUCAAGCCCAGAUCUCUUCCUCAAAGCCGCGCGCGUCUGCAAGCAAUGGCAUCGCCUUGCACACUCCCCGGAGCUCGGGGAGCAAAACUCCCAGAGAUCCAUGGUUUGGAGAUCUGGAGCCAUGGGUUGUGCUACAGUGUGGCCACCGCUUGCAUAUCCAAUAUCCAAUAUGCAACAGUUAAUUUCUGUUGCUGGUAUCCUUCACUGGACGCUCUCCUCAACAAUCAGGCCAGGGAGCUUGAUCAUGGGUCUUUCUCCGUCGGUCCGCCGGGACACCGGUUUCGCCUCGUGGCGUGUUCGCUGGGGCUUGUGUGUGGGAGGCUGGAGGAUCUGGACCAGACUGGUAUGACUUCAGCUGUUGGAAAUCCACUGACGAAUGCGUGGAGAAUUCUUCCCAAGGAGAAGCCGUGGGAAUAUAUUUGCCAAGCUCGACAUGGAUUAUGAUUCGAAGACAAAGGCUUGGGGAGCUUAUCAUGAUCCUGAUCGUUUGAUGUCCAACUCCAUACUUCUAGGGAUCAUGUAUUCGUGUUGCAACAGGUCAUUGUCAUGGAGGAUUUACUUGACGAAGGACCAACACGUCGUGCUCUACCAGGAUCGGCAUUGGCAUUUCUCACCUGAGAAAACUUUGACGAAGGGAAUAAGCAAUGUUACCAUGGCAUUCCUUCC